AUGACAAUGGGCUCGGACAACGCCUCGGAAGGAUCUCGCAACGUACAGCCUGGGCAGUCGACAGAGCUCCCAGUGCGGACGGCAUCGGCACCGGAACGCAAGCAGAGCCUGACAGGAAAGCAAGAACAUUAUUUGAAGCGCGAGCUCCUAUCGGAGCAAGUCAAAUGGGAAAUCUCAGAGCUCAACUCUCCCACGGCGCUACGGCGGUUCGGCGCACCGUUCAAGUCUCCGCUCGGGGAGAUCUCGCCGCUGGACUCCGAGCUGCCCAUCCUCCGAUACAUCUUCGUCCACCAUGUCCGCGAGUUUCCGUUCCUUGACAAGGCGAAGGAGAAGGAGUUUUGGCAGGACAAGUUACAGGUGUUCCUCGAAUCGUUUGCCAGCAAAAACAUUUCGUCAUCAGAGGACAGGUUGGAGGAGACCAAGCGAAGGAAGCUGGCCAUCAAGGCUCAGAAGCUGGUCGAGCUGAUGAUGGUGUCGGGAAUUCCAACGUCGUCCGGCUUCGAGGAGAGAAUUAGGUUUUCCGAGUUGGAAAUUGUCGACGCUAAUGCCAUCGAUACCGGUGUCCUCUCGAAUCUUCCCGAGGGCAACUACUUGAAUGGAUGGGAUGUCAACGUUGCCGGUGUCCGCACCAUCUCCGUCAAGAGGAAGAUCAGGCACCACAAGCACGCCGAAUUCCUACUUCGGGUUCGAAGGAAAAAUGCGCCAGAUCACUACGUUGGGCGGCGGUACGGUGACUUUGCUCAGCUGUAUAAGGGACUGCGCCUCGAGUUUCCCGGCAAGGUCCUGCCACCUCUUCCUCAGAAGAAUAAGUCAAAUACCACAGCGCUCAGCACGUUUGGGAGCCAUGAUGGGAACAACUCUGAGACGUCGUCCAUCUCGUCGGUCUCGACGCACAUGCCGUCGUCCAUCUCGUCAGUAUCGAUGCAGAUGCCUGCCAGCCCUGUAACCAAUGGCUCCGGGCAUCACGGCGACACAGUUCAGAGGCUGCUCUCUGUGAAGGAUUACCGCUCCGGUGACCGGCUCUCUCCUCGGAGUUCAGUCGACGGCAGGCCAUCGAGCCCAUCGCCACUCAGUUCCAAGUUUCAAGAGGCUAUGGAGGAAUUCUUGACAAAGGAUCCAGUCACCCUGACUGACGAGAAUUAUGAAGAUAUUGCGCGCAGAAAACACAUGGACGAGAAACGAGUCGAAGAGCAAAAGCAAUUCUAUGAGGUAGCAAGGAAACGUGCGGCAGAGUUGGAUGUUUACAUGGAACAGUUUCGACAGGACAUUGUCGAACGCAAUGGUCUGACGAUGCUGUUCAAGGAGAUUCGAGAAAAGGAGACGAUCCAGGACCUGAGCUUGCAGUACCAGAAGUUUGCUGAGUGGCUGCGCAUCGAAGUGGCGGCCACCAUCUACCACCUCUUCCUCGCCGAGGACAAUUCGCCCGAGCUGUUCGCUCAAGCGAAGCGGAUCCAUUCCUUGAUCCCAUACACGCUCGUAAAGAAUGUGAUUCGGGUCGCGAAUCCGGCGGCCGUCAUGUCGAGCAUUCUAGACAUCUUCCUCGCGCAGCCGUUCGGCACCAGGUCCCUGAUGCAGCGUAUCUUCUCCAUGACUCUGCAUGACGGCAUCCGGAGCUUCCAACGGUCGAUCGAUGCGCUUGCCAAUAGAAUCGAGGACCCACUGUUCGUUGAGAAGCUGAAGGUGUACACGAAUGCCGAGGAAGAUAUCAAGCAGGCGAUUAGGGAAGAAGCCAGCAGCGAAGACGUGGAUAUCAUUGUUGCCAUCCUCCGGUCGGAGCUCGUCGGUCCGGCACUCGAACCCGAGCAAACGGGGCGCCUGUACAAUGCCUAUGUGGCCUUCAACAACGCCAUUGAAAACGUCGACGAGGAGCUCCGACAGGGUGCGCAGCUCUUCUCCUACCUCAAACAGUUGUUGAAGCUGUAUAUUCGACAGAGGGAUAAGGCCAUGAUGUUGAAACUCAUUGAGGAGCCCGUGACGCUCCAGCUGUUCCGGGAUUUGUUCACCAUCUUUUACGAGCCCCUGGUGCGGGUCUACAAAUCGGCCAACGUGUACAACAGCGUGACAGAUUUUGCGCAUUUCAUCGACGACCUGAUUGUGGUUGUCGAGCGGUGUCGCGAGCAAGAUGCUUCCGCGGAUCCUAACCAGACCGUGCAAGCCUUCAUCGACCUCUGCCAACGGCACGAGGAGAAAUUCUACAAAUUCGUCCACGAGGUGCACACGCACGACAACGGCCUAUUUACGCAGCUGAUGGGCUGGAUCCAGGGCAUCCUCGAGUUCCUCCGGCACGGCCCCAAGAAUGGCAGCCUCGACGUCAACGCGCUCUUCGAGGGCGCCACCAGCAGCGGCAUCAUCGACCGGGACAAGGCCAUCGGCGAGGUCAACAGACUCAUUGCCUGGCAGGAGGCGCGCAAGAAGUGGCACCACGACAAGACGCGGCAAAAGAUGGCUGCCGAGGGGGCGCCCGGGGAAGGGGAAGCGCUGCCGGGGGCCUUGGCGUUCCGGCCGAGCGACUUUGGGCUGGACCAGGCCGACCUGGAGGAGAUGGGGUAUGACGAGGAGUCGGAAGAGGAGGCGGAGCUCGAGGCGGAUGACGAGCUGGAUCCCAUCGAGGCGGAGCGCCAGCGGAGAGCGAGGAGGCAAGACCGGCUGCGGCGCUACGCGGGCGAGCCGGCGAAGCCCGGGGUGUCGGAGGUGCACAAGCUCAAGGAGAACUUCUUGGUUAUGUUGCGGAUGGUGCUCGCCGAGGUGCUUCAAGUUGUAGACGAUGAUCUGAAGGAGAAACGGAAGGGGCUGAAUCUGUUUGCCGUUCAGUUGUUGCCCAGCCGGACGACAGAAUCUCGGAACAGCUUCCCUGCCCCACAUUGGAUGGCCAUCUUCCGGUCUCCCUUUGCGUGCGGCUUCUACCGGUGCCACCUCAGCGGAGCCUUGCCGGCAACUCGGACCUCGUUAGACGACAAUGGCUUCCUCAAUGGCUUGGAGACGACUGGCCUCGAGCUCAGCGAAUGGCUCACCCGAGGUCCAUUCCGACAGCUCUCGCGUGCCUCUAGAAACACGAUCCGGGCAUUUUCCACAACAAGACCGGCCGCUCGUGUCAUCGCCAACGGGCCGCUCCGCGCAAAGGAGGCAUCGCCGUUUGUCAGCACCAAGUACCCUGUCAUUGAUCAUGAGUACGACGCCAUCGUCGUCGGUGCCGGCGGUGCCGGUCUGCGUGCGGCCUUUGGUCUUGCCGAGGCUGGUUUCAACACGGCCUGCAUUUCGAAGCUGUUCCCCACUAGAAGUCACACAGUCGCUGCCCAGGGCGGCAUCAAUGCCGCGCUCGGCAACAUGCACGAGGACGACUGGAGAUGGCACAUGUACGAUACGGUCAAGGGCUCCGACUGGCUCGGUGACCAGGACGCCAUCCACUACAUGACCCGCGAGGCCCCCGCCUCCAUCAUCGAACUCGAGAACUACGGCUGCCCCUUCUCCAGAACCGAGGAUGGCAAAAUGGGAGAACCGGAGGCUGACAGUCUCCGCAGUUAUCAGCGUGCCUUCGGUGGUCAGUCCCAAAAGUACGGCAAGGGCGGCCAGGCGUACCGCUGCUGCGCCGCCGCCGACCGUACCGGCCACGCUCUCCUCCACACCCUCUACGGCCAGUCCCUCCGGCACAAGACUAACUACUUCAUCGAGUACUUCGCCAUCGACCUGCUCAUGCAGGACGGCGAGUGCCGCGGUGUCCUGGCCUACAACCAGGAGGAUGGCACCCUCCACCGUUUCCUCGCGAACAACACCGUCCUGGCUACCGGCGGCUACGGCCGCGCCUACUUCAGCUGUACUUCGGCCCACACCUGCACGGGUGACGGUAUGGCCAUGGUUGCCCGCGCCGGCCUGCCCAACCAGGAUCUCGAGUUCGUCCAGUUCCAUCCCACGGGUAUCUACGGCGCUGGCUGCCUGAUCACGGAGGGCGCUCGUGGCGAAGGUGGCUACCUCCUCAACUCCGAGGGCGAGCGCUUCAUGGAGCGCUAUGCUCCGACCGCCAAGGAUCUUGCGAGCCGUGACGUCGUCUCGCGUUCCAUGACCAUGGAGAUCCGCGAAGGCCGUGGUGUUGGUGCUGAGAAGGAUCACAUCUACCUCCAACUCAGCCAUCUUCCCGCGGAGAUUCUCGCUGAGAGACUUCCCGGUAUCUCUGAGACUGCAGGUAUCUUUGCUGGUGUCGACGUCCGCAAGCAGCCCAUCCCGGUCCUACCCACUGUCCACUACAACAUGGGUGGUAUCCCUACUCGCUACACUGGUGAGGUUCUCACGGUGGAUGAGCAGGGCAACGAUAAGGUUGUUCCUGGUCUCUUCGCCUGCGGUGAGGCUGCCUGCGUCUCGGUCCACGGCGCCAACCGCCUGGGUGCCAACUCCCUGCUCGACCUGGUUGUCUUCGGCCGGGCCGUCUCUCACACGAUCCGCGACAACUUCACUCCUGGCGCCAAGCUGAAGCCCAUUGAGGCCGAUGCUGGUGCCGAGUCGAUCGAGACCCUCGACCAGAUCCGCAACUCGAAUGGCCCCAAGAGCACGGCCGAGAUCCGUCUUGCUAUGCAGAAGACCAUGCAGCGGGAAGUCAGCGUCUUCCGUACCCAGGAGAGCUUGGAUGAGGGUGUCAGGAAGAUCACCGAGGUCGACCAGAUGUUUUCGCAGGUCGGCAUCAAGGACCGCAGCAUGGUUUGGAACUCUGACCUGGUUGAGACGCUCGAGCUUCGCAACCUGCUUACUUGCGCGACUCAAACUGCUGUCUCGGCCGCCAACAGGAAGGAGUCGCGUGGCGCCCACGCCCGCGAGGACUACCCCGAGCGUGACGACGACAAUUGGAUGAAGCACACUCUCAGCUGGCAGAAGCAACCCCACGGCAAGGUCGACCUCUCGUACCGCCGCGUCAUUGGCACCACGCUCGACGAAAACGAGUGCAAGCCCGUUCCCCCAUUCAAGCGUGUCUACUAA